GUCUUCCAUCCCUUCUUCGCUUGCGUUUGAUACUUCACGCCCUUUUCCCGCCUCUUUUGAGGGCAUUUGCUUGCUUCUCCUGUCAAGGGAUUUAUACCCCAUUCCCUCCCUAUUAUUAUCACCUAUGAAUAUAUACCCUACCUUAUCCUUCUUUCCCUGUAUUGUUCUCCUGCUCGAUUCUGCCCCGCUUACCUCUCCCCACGAGACCAUACCUUCCAGCCGUACAUACCUUGAUUGAAAUUCACAAUGGCGUCCCAAGUAUCGACACCGCGGUCAAAUUCAAGGUCGCGGUCACACUCACAAUCCUCGACAACCAGCGAAGACUCUUCAGACACCACCAUGCUCGAAACCACACCGCUCACCCCCGUUCGUCCGAGGCCAUUGAGCCACAGCAAUCCUGCGACACCCGCUGCUCGAACAUCAGCGAAGGACCCUACAUUCUCUCUCCUCCUAUCCCUCCCUCGCGAACUGCGGAAUCGAAUCUACUCCUACGCGCUCAUAUCCCAGUAUCCGUUCUGGUGGCCUAACCCGGCGCCCGUCAAACAUGAUAUCUCGCUGGGGCUUCUCACGACCUCCCGCCAGGUGUACGACGAAGCUGCUCCGAUCCUGUACGCGAAGAACAAAUUCCUCUUCACACAUCCGUCCGACUGCAACAUAUUCCGCAUCAUCUCGUCUCCCAAAUACUCUGCGCUCAUGUCGGCUGUGUACUUCCGAUUCCGUGAGAGGGAUUUGAGACUCUGGACGACAUACCUGGGGUCGAGGUCGAAGGACCGGUCGCUGGAAGCUGAUCUUCCGAAAUUGAAGAGUCUAUGGAUAUUCUUGAAGUGCGGCGCUAUCGGGCAGGCGAGUGUGGCGGGAGGCGGCCAUCACGGUGUGCAGGGUGGGAUUGGCUUGCCGCCGGCAUUGGCAGCACAGGUCCAUGCCGUCCAGAAUGCGUUGGGACAACAGGUGCAGGCGCUGCAGCAACAGGUUCAGAAUCUGAACCAAGCUAUCGCUGCCGCUGCGGGGCAAGGAAAUGCGCCUCCGAUGCAACAAGGUCCCUUCCCAGGAGCCCAUGCCGGAGAUGCGAAUCCGGAUCACCAAGCACAUCCCCCUGUCAUGUCGUUCCAUCAAUUUGCAGCAGCUUUCCCGGCCCAAGGACAGGCUCACCAGCUACACCACUUACAACAACAGCAUCACCAUCAUCACCACCCUCCACCUGGACAGCCUCACGCACACGGCGUACAGAACAACCCUCCGAACAUCUCACCGCUUGCGCAAAUGGCGCAGCAACACCACCAGCACAACCACGAUCCCCAGCACCACCCCCAGCCCCACGGCUCCCAAGGAAACGGCCAGGACAACGCAUUCCACGGGACAUUCUACAACUCCUUCUUCCGCUGGGAGCGCGAGCUCGGCCUCGAGAACCUCUGCCUCUCCCUCCAGGAGACGCGCCCCGCAGAGGCAGACGUCAAGAUCGUGUGCAUUAUGCGCCUCCCCAAACCCGAGGUGGGCCGCCUGUGCCGCCUGUACCCCGAGGAGCUGAGCGUGGACCGGAACGGCGAUGCGAGGACCCGGUUCAGGAAGUUGCAUGGGGUGGAGGUCAGUCUUGAGAUCAGUGGGUUUGAUCUCGUUCCGUAGAUAGGGGAAUCUCUGUUUCUUGAGUGCGUUGGUUGGUUACUCAGUGGGGGCUUGAGCAUGAACCAGUGGGCCAGCUUGUGGGUUUUGAAGGACCUUACUUUUCUUGGAUAUAUACGUAGAUUUAUGAUACCCCUGGAUAUGGAUAUGGAUAUGGCAAAUUUUAUCUUUAUUUCGAGAUUCGGUCGUCCCAGUUGUACUUUCUCGUCGACACCUUCCUCCUAAUAGUUUAUCUUUAUCUGCACAGCGUCGC